AUGGACGUAGAAAGGUGAGUGUGCCAGUAUGUCGCCACGCAAUGCAGAAGGAGACCAGCCUGACGCACGGCUGAGACGAGAUGUGGUCUUAGCUUUAGACGAGCUGCGCAUGCUGCAGUAGACGAGAUUUGCGAUCAUUAUCUUUCCAUGAGGGACAAACCCGUCACAGCUCAAGUUAAGCCCGGUUUCCUCACCGAUGCUCUGCCAGGUGAGUCGCGUUGCACCGUGCCCUUGGAAGCGUUUGUGCUCACGCCUUCCGUCGGACGUCGAACUACUGUCACCAUGUCAGACACGGCCCCAUCUUCUGGACAAGAUUGGUCAAGCAUCAACGAAGACUUUCACUCGCUGGUCAUGCCUGGCAUGACGCAAUGGCAGCAUCCAAAGUUCAUGGCUUACUAUCCGGCUAACGUAUCCUUCGAGGGCAUUCUGGGCGAUAUGUGGGCCGCAGCCCUGACGAAUCCGGGCUUCAAUUGGAUUUGCAGCCCAAGUGUGACUGAGCUGGAGCUGAAAAUGGUGGAUUGGAUGGCUGAGGCUUUCCAUCUUGAUCCUGCUUUCAAGCAAAGAGGCGGGCCUCAAAGCAAGGGCGUGAGUUUUCGCAGAUUCCACAGCAUUUCCCUCGACUGGCUGAUUGCAACUCAAAUUCACGCCGUGGCAAGGGUGGAUUGAUCUUUGGCUCCGCCUCCGAAGGUGAGCGCGCAUCCGAUCACAGAUGUAGCUCAUUCGCAGCUAAUGAUAUGCCCCAUGCAUUCCGCGCUGAAGCUACAUUGACCGUGGCGAUCGCUGCGCGAGAUCGCGCUCUUCGACAUUUGACCGCCGUCUCAGGUCAAAUCGAGCCCUCAAGAGAGUGGGCGGCGGAAGCUACGGGCAAGCUCGUGAUGUACGGCUCUACAGAGGUGAGUCAUACACACGAAGAGCUGAUGAGCCGACAAACUUCAGCCAGGAAGCUGAGAUGUAUUGAUUGAUAUCUGCUCUAGACGCACAGUGUGGGCAGCAAAGCCGCGCAGAUUCUGGGUCUACGUUUUCGGGCACUGCCCGUCACGCUCCAAAAUCGUCUGGCCUUGAGGGGCGACACUCUGGCAGCCGCACUCAAGGACGACGUGCGCGCCGGCUUGGUACCAUUCAUGGUUUGCGCAACAAUCGGAACCACAUCUUCGAGUGCUGUCGACGCGCUAGACGAAAUUGCCUCGGCGGCAAUGAUGCCCGCCAAAGUUGCUGGUGCGAAUGUGGGCAUACAUGACCUUCUCGAUGGCUCAACGAAUGGCGUAAAGGGUGACGGCACCGACGAGGGGGCGCGUCGCGAGUCGCUGCCCCCAAUAUGGCUGCACGUCGACGCCGCAUACGCAGGCCCUGCCCUCUGCCUACCAGAGAUCCAGACGAAGUAUCAGAAGGAAUUGAGCGCCCUCAACGCCAAGUUUGACAGCAUAUCUCUCAACAUGCACAAAUGGGGUCUUGUCAAUUUCGAUUGCUCUCCACUCUGGGUCAAGGACAGAGCCCAGCUCGCCGCAUCGCUCACGGUCACGCCCGAGUACCUCAAGACGACCGCUGCUGCCAAUGGUGAGCACGCAAAAAAAAAAAAUAAAAAAAAAAAAAAAAUCAAUCAAUCAAUCCGCGCACUGUGCUUCUUUGUUCGGACAUUUACUCUGCCCGUCACUCUCCCGCGACACAGAUCCUUCUGUGCUUGAUCUAAGGAAUUAUCAAAUCUCUCUUGGCCGACGUUUCCGCUCUUUGAAGGUAUGGUUCGUGCUUCGAAGUCAUGGCAUUGAAGGCUUGCGUCAGCACUUGCGUGACGAGUAAGUCAGGACACCGCGCAUUGUUCAUGGAAAUCAAGGGUGGCACACUGACAUUGGCACCCUUGACAAACUUCUCGUCCUCAGCAUUGUGCUAGCCGAACGUUUCAAGAGGCUCAUCGAAGACGAAGGCGACCCCUGGCAGCUAGUCGAAUUCAACUUUGCCCUCCUCGUCGUUCGUCUCAAACCCGCCUCUUCCGACGCUGAUGCCGAUUCGCGCACCCGCGCUCUCUGGGCAGCUCUGGAAAAGCACAACCAUGAGCUUUUGCUCACCCAAACCUCCAUUCCUGGGGCUGGAUUCUGCAUCCGGAUUGCUUUGGGUUGUCCGAGGACGCAGGAACGCGAUGUGGACGAUGCCUUUGCUGUCUUGAAACUUGCUGCUACCGAAGCCAAGCUCGCCUAA